AUGAAAACAGAGUCAAAACUAGAAUAUGUAAUGCUCAGUACGUUCGAAAAAGAUAAAGAUAAAAAAACUUAAAACACUAAGUAUUAAGCAAGGUAUCUGACUAUAAUGACAAGGAAGGCUAUGGAGUAGCUAAAUAUAGAAUUUCAACCAGCACAUUUAGUAAUUGAUGAGGAUAUAAAUAUAAUCAAGGCUGUCAAAAAGCUCGCUGCGCAUAAAAUUACAGCAUGCCUAUGCAGACAUCAGUACAUUACUCUGAUAAAAAGAAACCUUAAAGAUAAUAGCUUUUUCCCACUGUUAGAGUCUAAAAAAUCAAAAGAGUCAAAGUCGGAAAGAAAGGAAAGACUAAGCGAUCUAUGUAGAAAGUUAAUUUUAUUAUCCUAAGGUUUGAUUAUUGGAAAUUUCCAUAGAUCACACGGGAUACCUUCAGUAAAUAGAUCAGUCGAAGAAUUUGAAAAUUUUCAAAAACUUUUCACUUAAAAAAAUAUCAAUGAGUUCUUAAUAAAAGAUCUUCAAUUAUUCAUUUAAACUCAUGUAGUAAAUACAACUGCAAAUCUUAAUAUAAAUCCAGAAGUCCCAUUGUCACUCUAAAGAUACAGUAUUCAUGCGAUGAACUAUGCAAAUAAUUAGCCAUUUGACCUUAUUUAGUAAUACAUUCUCAGAUCUAGAUUGAAAAAACCUAUUGUUUAUUGGAAAAAUAGCGAAACUAGUCAACAAUAAUGUUCUAAUAGCAGAAAUACAAUAGGAUAUGUCUACUUUAAAGAUAAUGACUUCUAGUUAAGAUUAUAUAAGAACUUUAGUUUUCUUAAGGAUAUAUAAGAAACUGUGGAAUGCUACUUUUAAAUACCAUAGUCAUAGGAGAUUAAAAAGCUUGUAGAAAUUAAUGAAAUAACUGAAGAUAAAUUAUUUGAGAUAAUGAAAAUACGAUCAGUCAAGCUAGUCUAAAUUGGAGGGGAUUCUAGUGGUAAGUAUGAUCUUGAAUGUGACUGCGAUGAUUAUUAUGAUAUGAAAGAGUGUUUACAUUUUCAUUUGAUCAGACUCAAUUUGAAAAGAGUUGAGGAGAUUUAAUGCUAUGAAGAUAUUGAAGAAAGAAAACAGAUGAUUAUUUAACAGAAAAAUAGUAAAAGUGAAGGCAAGAAAUCUAAAAAGAAAAAAAGAGAUAAAAAGGCAAAGAAGAAAGAUAAAUAAAAGGAUAAGAAAUACAAGAAAAAUUAGAAUUGA